AUGCACAAGGAAGUGUUGAACCGCAACGAACAACACACAUGCAAGGCGGCGAAAGCUACGGAUACCUUCGACGUCUGCAACGUGGCCGAAGGCGACAACGUGCUGUGGUCCAGGGUGGAUGAGCGUUAUUAUCCCCAGCUGCUCGUCACAUGGAUCGACCCAUACUGCGUCAAGUCGGUGGGCGAAAUCUCGGUGGUGUUGGACCACCUCGUGACCCAUGAAGAACGCGAGGCCCAUUCGUCACACGUGAUGAUGUAUGAAGAAGCGAGUUUUGAAGUCACAGAAGAAAUACUCGAACAUGUCCGAUCCAUCGCGGGACACAAGUUUGUCCCGGAUGUGAGUGACUUCAUGCUGGAAGUGUUCUGGGAAGGCUUUGAAGACACCGAAUCCUCGUGA